AUGACGUAUCUACUUCUUUCUUUGAUUGUCGGUGUUCUUGUGUUGGAGAAUGUUCUGGCUUCGGAUGUUGGGGUUACGGUAGCUCGGACGGAUAUGGCUGAUGAAUUGAAGACUGACGGACUUGCUGACUUGGAAUUUUCUGAAGAUCUCAAGACGAUGAAUAACUCAAUAUCUAGAGCUAAGCUGAUCUCUUCUUCGUUGGAUGAUGAUUUGGAUGCAAAGGUGCACAAUGCUCGCAAGGACACGCAAAUGGAAGCUGGUGAUGUCAAGAUAGUGGACGAAGUGAAGUCGAAAGCUGGAAGAUGUCGCCGUUAUGAAUGUGUGCCAAACGCUCUCAAGGACACAGAAACGGAAUUUCUGGUUUUUACUGUUUUUGGGGAUGAUUGUUCGGAAGCUAAUAACAUUCCUGUCAACAACCCAGAAUGCGACGCUAACGGACAUCCAAAAACCAUGGUGAGCCACCCACUGAUAGACUUCGAUGACUACUUCUUGGAAUAUGUUCUGCCACUGGUUGUAGUCCCCUACAAAGAUCUGUGUGAAGAAGGUAGAAUGCCAGAAGUCGUCGGAGUUGAAUUGAAAGCUCGGGACGCUGGACGAACCGAAACCAUCCUGCAACUUCGUGAAGUCCUCACCGUGCACCUCACGGAAUACCUGCCGGUCACGGUUCCGCUCAUCAAAAAGGCGCGAUUUGAUCUGGUUUUUUUAAUGGUUGAUCGCUCCGCUCCUCACUUUCCAAAAAAACCACAGACUAACAGGUGGGGGGGGGGGGGCGGGGCAACAAAUGUUUGUAGCGUUUUAUACAUAAGAAAUAUCACUAACCUUUUAUCAGUUAAUCACUUUUUAAUAUCUCUCACAAGUGACGAAAAAAACUGGCUCACAAUUGAAAGUGGAAAGGUCCUCCCUUUCUUACUGUACCUGCAAUUGAAUUCAGCCACCUAUUCAUCUACCGGCCGGUAUUGA